AUGAUGAUGUCCCCUGCAAUCCGAGCAGGCUCGCUUCGAGCCGUAGCGUCGCCGUCCAUGGCGCUGCGCGCCUCGAGGCUCGGUAUGCCAUCCACCAGCGCCGCCGCGGCUGCGUCUGUUGCGCCCGUCUCGCGCCUGCUUCGAGACCAGCAGCAGAUCCGUGGAAUCUUCCGAAGCCGUUCGUGGAGGAACGACAAGACGGCCGCCGUAGCUCCGGCCGCCCAGGCCGAGGUUCAGGCGCAACUGCCACCGCCAAAUAACGGCGGCAAGAAGCGAGGCGGCUUCUUCCGCGGCCUCAAGCGCACCUUUUACGUCCUUGCCAUCGGCAGUCUGGGAACCUACGCCUACUUUGUCUACCAGGGCCGACACCCGCCCGAUCAGCUGCCUCAAGAUCCCACCAAGAAGACCAUCGUUGUGCUCGGAAGCGGCUGGGGAGCGACCUCGCUGCUGAAGAACAUCGACACCGAAGAGUACAAUGUCGUGGUCAUUUCGCCGCACAACUACUUCCUCUUCACGCCUCUGCUUCCUUCCGUUACCGUCGGCACGCUCGACGGCCGCAGCAUCGUUCAGCCUACCCGCCACACGACGCGCUUCAAGACGCGCGAGGUCAAGGUGUACGAGGCCGACUGCGAAUACGUCGACCCCAUCAACAAGACCGUCACCUUUGAGGACAGGAGCGAAGUCAAGGGCUCCGUCUCCAAGGUCACCAUCCCCUACGACUACCUCGUCUACUCGGUCGGCACCGAGAACCAGACCUUCGGCAUCGAGGGCGUCAAGAAGCACGCCUGCUUCCUCAAGGAGCUCAGCGACGCCGAGAAGAUCCGUGCGCGUCUGAUCGACUGCGUCGAGAGCGCCGCGAUCAAGGGCCAGUCCGAGGAGGAGAUCGACCGUCUGCUCCACAUGGUCGUCGUCGGCGGCGGUCCCACGGGUAUCGAGUACGCUGCGGAGCUGCGCGACUUUGUCGAGUCGGAUCUCAUCCGCUGGUACCCCGAGGUGGCCAACAAGCUGCGCGUGACGCUGGUCGAGGCGCUGCCCAACAUCCUGCCCAUGUUCUCGCAGACGCUCAUCAAGUACACCGAAUCGACGUUCAAGGAGAACUCGAUCGACAUCCUCACCAAGCACAUGGUCAAGGACGUCGACGAGCGCGACGUGCUCGUUAAGACGCCAUCGGGAGAGGAGAAGAAGAUCCCAUACGGCCUGCUUGUCUGGGCUGCCGGCAACACGGCGCGACCGCUGACGCGCCAGCUCAUGGCCGCGCUGCCUGAGCACCAGAAGAACCGCCGAGGCCUCGAGGUCGACGACCACAUGCGCCUCAAGGGUGCCGAGGACUCGGUGUUUGCGCUGGGCGAUGCUACCGCCACGCAGUUCGCCCCCACCGCCCAGGCGGCGUCGCAGCAGGGCGCCUACCUUGCGCGUGUCUUCAACCAGCUCGCUCGCCUGCAGGUGCUCGAGGACAAGCUCGCUGCCGCCAAGAAGGCCGGUGCCGACGCCUCGGAGCUGAGCGGCGUCGAGCGCCAGAUCGAGAAGGCUGCCAAGAUCCGUCCGUUCAAGUACUCGCACCAGGGCUCGCUCGCCUACAUUGGCUCCGAAAAGGCCAUCGCCGAUAUUCCUCUGCUCGGCAACAACCAGAUCGCCUCGGGCGGUGUCGUCACCUUCAUGUUCUGGCGAUCCGCAUACGUCUCGAUGCUCUUCUCGCUGCGCAACAGGUCGCUCGUCGCCGCCGACUGGUUCAAGGUCUUCCUUUUCGGUCGUGACGUCUCGCGAGAGUAA